AUGGUCAAGCCGCACCAACAUCUCAACACUCCUCUUCAUCGGUCCAGGACUCUUCAUUCAUCAUCACACUCUGGAUUCGGAUCGACGCGCUAUAUUAGGAACGCCAUCGCUACUAUACCCAGCCGCUCCAUCUUCCAGCAACACAGCGCAAAGACUCUUGAGGACAUACCAGAUCUCCGGAUACCAGAAGAGUUUCUCCCACUCGACUCAAUCCAACGCUCUCCAUUACAACCGCCCACACCGCUCAUCGUCAAAGACUGGAUGCUUUCGCAGAUCUCCCACGCCCGCGACUUGUUUCAGAAGCAAAACUACAUGCAGGCACUCGUUGUUGUCGAAAAGGCCAAGGAGCACGACUAUAUCCGCGGUCUCUCGACGUUUCCUCAGAGUACUGCUUCGACACUAGUGGCUCGAUGGCACUAUCAGGAUCUCUGCCUGGUCGAGUACUGCUGCCGGCUGCUGUGCGCACACGAGGCUCAGAUCGGGAACAUUGACAUUGUCGACACGCUGCAACGCCUCAAUGCGUCUAUUUUGGAGCCCGUGGGAAAGUUUAAGACGCGCUCUAGAAUCUCGUUCAAGUCGACCUUUCAGCUGCACCAGGAUCCCUUACUGGACUAUACCCUUGCCAUUAUCGCCAAGAACUGGAGCGAGUUACUCGGAUCACCACCCGCGCCGACCUCCCAAAUGGCUUCUCCAGAUCAGCAAGCACUAGCAUCCGCAGUAUAUCCCUUCCUGCAGGGUAUUUCCAGUCGGCGCCUGUUCCCUUCUACGACCACCAUCUUUCAGGAUGUAACGGUAGCACCAACAUCGGUUUCCAGCUCAAGGAGGGUCGCUCUGGACGUCUUUGUUGCUUUGGGAGAUCACAAGGGUGCCAUGCAGUGGAUUUGGCUGUGGGAGCGACUGGAUCGUCAGGAUUGGCUCUGUCAAUGGAGUCAACUUGAGUUCAAGCAGGGGCUGGCGGAUCAUUUUCAGCAAUCUGAUCGCCCGGACUGGAUCUUAGAUCUCUUCCGGCUCUCGAAUAAGGCCACAGGAACGCCCGAGCUUUGGGUUCAGGACCUACUCGACACUAUCCCCUGCCGUCUCUCAUCGACCCGUGCAGCCGCAGGAGACACCUUGAGACUUGUUUUGCGUCAGGCCAGCAUAGACCUUGGCGCCUCUGCUAGCAAGAAGCAGUACUACCAGAUGGAUUUCUGGAAGCGCCUUGACCAAACAGAGUCUUGGCUCGCUGGGAUUCAGGGAGCUGCAGUUAUUAGCCCUCACAACAAUCGGACGGUUGAGGAGGAGCUAUGGCGCGAGAUGGCCAUGGUGGGAGUUUUGUCCGAGGAUCUCUGCAUGGAAGAUGUCGUGCGAUCUGUCCAUCCGGACGUCUUGGCUGUGAUUCAACCCUCGCAUUCGCCCCUUCGGGAGGGCCCCAAGGAUUUUCACCAGGCGAACUCAACCCCCGGAGGAUACCAUGAUGCGUUGACCGCUCACCUCGAAGAGAUGAUAGCCAAAGCGUCAAGUGCAGCCCACUCUCAGCCCGGCAACGCUUCAAGCAAAGAAUCGGUCAAAGCGUUUAUUGCACUCCAGCGGGCUAUCCAGGAGACCAUGUCGACUGCAUCUGUGCAGGAUACUCUCGGAGCGUAUCGCAGUCUUCUCCACAACGUUGCUCACCAUUUCGCGCUCCGAUCAAGGCACCUGGGUCUCAUGUCGCAGGUGAUUGAGAUCGAAUUUCGCUCACUGAAAGGAAACGACCUUUGGAAGCAGACGAAGCUCGCUGCUGGUCGAUUGCAUGCAGGUGUGAGACAGAAACAGAGCCCAUUCCCACCACCACCACAAGGAUAUGGCCUUUCAGCGAUUGCGGAUGUCCGCGGCUUUGCUGAUGGAUUUUUGCGAUCCGAUCUGGCCAUGAUGUGCGCCGUCUCCACCAUGUCGGCAGCAGGAUCCGCUUCGAAUAAGUGGACGGGACAACUCUCAGACUGGUUCAUGGCAGUGGCCGAGUCAUCGGGACAUACAGGACCUCUUGCCAGGAGCCUCCAGUGCCAGGGUCAGCUGUUGCCUGGAUCUGAGGCGUACAACAAGGCGAUGUGGGUGCUUCUUCAACAUCAGGAGUAUGACGUCGCGGUCGCGCUCCAUAGCCAUGUCUACUUGCAGGACGGUGCCAAGAAUGUCUCCGAACGGAUUGCGCGUCCUCCAUCGAUUGAGGAAGUCAGGAAACUUGUCCACGCCCUCGUCAUGUCGGACGAACCGAAGCAUCUAGACAAGGCGCAUUGGAUAGUCGAGCAGCACCUUAAUACGGCACAGCUUAUAUCGGACGAUGCAGCCAACCAGCCAUCGUCUGUCGACGUCGACAUCCUGACGGAGCUUGCUGGAGCCUGGUCUCGCCACGCAGAGUUUGACCGAGUCCACCAAGUGGUCGAUAUCAUGAAAGAACACGGCAUUUCACACAACAUGAUAUUUUACAACACGCUUCUCAAGUCGCUGGUCGACUUGGCACCGCUUUCGAGACCGGGGAGGAGGACCAUGGGCAGUGGGGAACAGUCAGGCAUGCGUGAGCUGGGACGAGAAAUCAUGGUUCGACAGUUGCUCAAGUCGAGGCAGUAUGGCCGUGGGCGUCAGAGCGGAGAGAAUCUGCGAACCGAUCUCGACAAGGGCUGGAAUGUGUUUAUGAGCGCUGUUUCGGGCGACUCUGCAGGAAGGGUCUCGUUGUCUGGUCAAGGAAUGGACUCGCCCCUGAUGUUGAAGAGCCUCAUUACGCAGUCAAGCUCGUCCUCCCGUCAGUCGGAUGGGAGCCUAUUUCGGCCGGAUGGGCACACCUUCUCAAUUCUCCUAGGAGCGUUUGCCAAGCGAGGCGAGAUUGAGUCGAUCUCGGAGCUCUUUGUCGAGAUGAAGCAGCUCGGACUCGAACCUGAUGUGGUCAUUUGCAACAUCCUCGCGAAUGCCUUUGCGAAGAGAGGCGAUCUCAAGUCGGUCGAUCGAGUUCUUCAGGAAGCGAGAAACCGCAACAUGGAGCCAGGACUGUAUCUCACCAACGCGGUGCUUGAUAGCUUGGUUGAGGCGAGUGCAUCGGCGUCCAAGAUUCGGGAGACACUGAGUGGUAUGGUUACUGUUGCUGCCGAGACCGAGUCCUUGUCCUCAGGACUAGAUGCCGAGAUUCCUGUGCGCCGCCUUGACCGCUCACAACGUCAGAGCCGCCAAAUUGCGGCCCGAGAUCGACUUGCCCGUUUACCAGGAUCGCCAUCCAAGCAGUCGUUUGGAGGAGCACCACUCGAGUCGGGGCUGGACAGCGUGACCCUUACUACGUUGAUCAAGUACCAUAUCCGUCAAAACGAUCUUCGCUCGGCUCAGCAUGUCGUCCAAGCCAUGGUCGAAGCAGGGAUGGUCCCAGAUAGCCGUGCCUAUGUUCUUCUCUUGUCAGGAUCGAUCCGAAAGGGAGACAUUCGUGCAGGCUUGGAAACCCUCCGCGCGAUGCGAACCCAGUCUGGCCUCUAUCCUGAUGCCAAAGCAUGGAAGGGUCUGUUGCGAUGUGCCAUGGAGCUUGAGAAGCCUUUGCAGCCUGAUCAUCAGCUGAUCUCCCGUCCUAGUGCUUUCGAUGGAGGGUUUCAAGUACUAGAUGAUGACAACUCCAAGGAUCUUCAGUAUCGUCGACCACGAGAUGGUCACGUCUCUCUGGUGAUCCAAGAAUUGGCCACCGUCAUGGAUGAAAUGGAGCGGACUCGAUACAGUCCAAUUCGCUCGCCAGACAUGUCAGGAUCCGACGACGCAAGGAAGCAGUACCUGUCGGGCAUUCUCACUUCGGCCUGGAUCUCAUCACCUCGCAAGGGUGAAGUGAGAGAGAGGGACGACGACAGCUCGAGGGUCUUGAGCGCCGAUGUUAAGGGCAAGAACAGUCUUUUGAGGCGCCUCUUGGAUCACUAUUUGCAACCAGCGGUGGUGGAGAGCGGCUCUUCAAGUGCCCCGUUUUCAUUACCGUCGUCUUUGCCACAGCGUCCCGAGACCAAGGAGGAUAUCUUGGAAAGAUGUCAACACGCGAUUCGGCUAGUCCGACUGGUCGAGUCGUGCGGGAUUGAACUUGGGCCUCAGUGGAAAUGGGAUGUGGUUGUGCGACGAGUUCGAGAACUGACAGGCCGAGAUGCUUCUGCGAUUGCGAAGGAGCUGUCAAGAUCGACGAAGGAGAUGGCGGACGGCAGUCUCGAAGGUGGCCGUGAAGAGUUUAGGGUCAAGCCUGGGCCAAGGAGAAGCAGGAGCCAACCUCGCACGGAGAAGGCAUAA